AUCAGCUGUUGCGGUGCUUUUGAAUCGGUAACCUUUAAAUGACGGACGCGGUGGUAUUUCAGUGCUUCUGUGUAAAUUAUGCCUAAGACUCCAUGUGAGUCAAUCAGGUGGUACGUCAGUCAAAUUAAGGGAUCAACUCUUGAUGAUACUGUCGAUGGUGACAACUUCACAUGCGUUGAGUUUAACGAGUCUGGAGAGUUAUUAGCUAUCGGAGACAAAGCAGGCCGUGUCACGAUUUUUAGAAAUAAUAAAGAUGUUGGGUUGUAUGAUAUGUAUUGCACGUUUACGAGUCAUGAACCAGAGUUUGAUUACUUGAAGUCUUUAGAGAUCGAAGAGAAAAUCAACUCAGUUACUUGGCUUCAAAAAUACACUCCUGCUCAUCAUCUCCUUUCAGCUAAUGACAAAACCAUUAAACUUUGGAGAUUAUCGGAGAAACAAUAUGAGGCCUAUAAUUUUAAUAUACGUGACGAUGAAAAUGCAAGUUUAUGGGAUGAAAGUACAGAUCGACUAAAUAUGAUUGGACCACCAGUUCCUCACAUAAUAACACCAGAUAAACUACGCAUUCCGAAAUUUCGUAAAUCUCGUCAUCUUACAAUCGAAGCACGUCCACGACGUUCAUUCGCCAAUGCUCAUGCUUAUCACAUAAACGCAGUUUCUGUAAAUUCUGAUCAAGAAACUUUUCUUUCGGCUGAUGAUUUACGUAUUAAUCUUUGGCAUUUAGAUGUAUCCAGUCAAUCAUUUACUAUUGUUGAUUUAAAACCAUCAAAUAUGCAGGAUUUAAACGAAGUGAUUACUUGUUCACGGUUUCAUCCUGUUCAGUGUAAUAUACUCGCCUAUUCAACCAGUCGAGGUUUGAUUCGAUUAUGUGAUAUGCGAUAUCGUGCUCUGUGUGACAGCCAUGUACUUGUAUUUGCAGAUCCAAGUCUUUCACAGAAUUUGGGAUUUUUCGCUGAUAUCAUUGCAAGUUUAUCAGAUUUCCGUUUUGGUCAUACGGGGAAUUAUAUUUUAGCUAGAGACUAUUUAACAUUAAAAAUUUGGGAUAUGAGAAUGGGCGAUCGACCGUGUGAAAUUUAUUCAGUUCAUGAGCCAUUCCGUUCACAACUUUGUAUGUUAUACGAGAAUGAUGCUAUUUUCGAUAAAUUCUUAUGUGGAUGGUCUGAUGAUGACAGGUAUGCAAUAACAGGAUCUUACAGCCACCUCUUCCAUAUAUUUGAUCGUCACAAUGGCUCUGAUUGGUUGUAUGACCUCGAUGACUUGAACAAUCAUUAUAAUAAUAACUCUGCUUACGAUACUGCAGACUACUUAUUGCCUAAACGUUUUAUGUCUCCUGAUGAUUCUUUCGGAAGUCGGCUCGGUUUGUCUUCAAUUUUUGUAGCGUCAUUGGCUGCUGUGGAGUCUCUCUUUGCAGAAACUACAAGUCAGACUAGUUCAGAUUCCAACUACAAUGAUAGUGAUUGGAAUAAAUUUGGUGACAGUUCGAACAUAUUAAAGUUGUCACCUGACAAAACAAAGCUGCUGAACUGUGAAGCUGAAGGUCGGAGCCCUUCCGGAAAGACUUCCUCAUCGCCAGCAGGUUCAAAGCGUCGGAAGCAAAUUCUUCCUUCACGAACCACUAAUUCUGCUGAUUCUCACACUCCUGUACAAUUUUGUCAUGAAAGGUCCAGUAGUUGUCACCAAAAUAGUAAACAUCGUCAUCACAAGGAGCAUUGUUCACAUCACAGGAUAGACGAAAGUGACCUUGGGGUUAGUUUUCUACACACUGUACCGAGUUCAGUUGAUGACCCUGAAUUGCCAAGUUUCAUUGAAGAAUCUCAAACACAGAUACCAAAUAUCCCUGGAAUGCAUCAGAUACACUGUCAACGUAAAAUACUUCACUUGUCCUUUCAUCCAAAGAAGUUCCUCAUAGUUGCCAUAUCAGGUAAUCAGUUAUUUUUUGUUUCAGGUCAUCCGACAUUCAGGGACACACUACUUUUACAGGAGAACUCUAGUUACUGCUCUUCCUCUUUACCUAAAUCAGCCGACGAUGAAAAUGGUAAACCUGAUAGACAUACUGAAGCUUCAGAUGCAAGAUCGACUCCUGUGAGGUGUCGAAAAUCUAUUUCAGUCCAAAGUUCAGACGUGAAAGCUGCUAAGCGUCGUCGCCGACGUCAUCAUCAGCUAGAUGAGCUAAGUUCGAUUAAUGAUUUAUCGAACUUAACUGAAGGGAUUAAAAACCACGUUUCGGAUAACAAUGUCUUUUCUGGUACCUCUGUAAUUUUCGAAGUGGAUUUUGUAGCAAAUUAUGAAGCUGACCAUGAAGGUAAUUAUGAGGAGCGACAUACUACUGGAGCACAACUCGAUUUUAUAAGCUGUGGUCUCAACAGUGAAGACGUCCCGUGCUUACGUUGCUCAUUUCCGUCAUCAAGAGAAACAUUCGUGACUAAUUUGAAUGACCUUUUUCAGUGAUAAUGUUUUCUUUAUCAUUUUGAUAUCCUUCCAAACUGUUUCUCAAUUUUUAGCUAGACUUCUCAGGGUUGACACGCAUACAAUAUCCAUUUCCAAAUUAUCAAAAGUGCUAUUAUUAUUGUUCAUAGAGCAUUUUGUAUGUUAUGUGUACUAGUAAGUGGGCACAGUCAAAUAUUUGCAUACAGGUUAAAGACAGGCAGGCAUACACACAUUCAGACAAACAGAUGUUUUCCCUUUACGAACGCUGACUCAAAAUCGGGCUACAACAUUUUGGUUUUAAAAUCCCCUACCAAUGUAGAUUUUGCUCACCGAUCAUUUUUACCUUUUCAUACGUACUUUAUCUUGAACAUGAUUGUGCUUCAUUCUCGUUAGAUUUGUGUACCUAUGCUGUAAAAGUCAUUGUAAUCAAUCUCGGAGUAUUGUAAAUUACUAUUACUAUAUUAUUAUUACCAUAGAUUAUAUCCCAUUCCAAAAGUAUAACAUUGUGAUUUUUGUGCACUUCUAAUUUAGCAUAAAUCAUGAAAUAUGAAGCAGUUACUUUUAUUGUUUCAGUCGUCUACCUCACUAAGUCUCUAACUUCCAUUUUUAUUUUUUCAUCAUACUAUCGUUCCAAUAAAACUCGUGGUUUAGUUAACAAACUUAUCUAUAAGCCCAUUCAUAAUAAGUGAG